UCAAUCCACACACCCUUCUCUCUCUCUUCUCUCUUCUCUCUACUCUCUUCUAUUCACUGGAAGAAUUAUCAUCCAACCAGAAAACCAAGUUUAUAUCAUCAAGAGAUAGAGAGAGAGAUGGGUUUGCAAAACCAGCUAAACGACGUCGCUUCAGAUUCGAUUCCUCUGCUUUUCUUGGCCUUCGUCGCCGACUGCUUCAAUCAGCUCCGUUCCUUCCUCAUCGCUCUCCUCCAAUCGCUAGGACUCUCCAGAUUCGACCCGAACCCGGCCGUAGUCGACGAUGGAUUUUUCACAGCCGUCGGAUCGGGCCUUGCCAGCUUGAUCGUCCUCUCCGAGCAGCUCAAUCUUAAUCAACGCGUCUCCUACCGAUACUCCGUUGUAGGUGGCGGCGAUGAGGGUCCUGCCGGCGUGAUUGGUUCUCCCAAGUGUGUGGUGUGCCAGAGCACCUUCGAAGACGGAGACCAGGUUCGACGCCUUCCGUGCUGCCAUGUGUUUCACCGAUGCUGCUUCGAUGGUUGGCUGGACCACCUCAAUUUCAACUGCCCCCUCUGUCGGACGCCGGUUGUCUCCGACGAGCGCGUGGCCCUUGCUGAGCAGCGCGUCGGUCCCGAGCUUGUUGCCUGGUUCUCUUCGCGGUGAAGCGAUGUCGUUGUGUUGCAUGAUUGGGGACGGAACGGUAGCUUCGAAUUUUUAUUUACCGUUUUCUUUUUAUAUGCGGUUGUUUCGUUAGGGCAGUUUUGUCUUUUCAUUUUUGUAAUUUAAUUAGGUUUAUUAGUUUUUUUUAUUUAUUGUUUUCGUAUUCGUGUUUUUUUUUUUUUUUAAGGACUCUGAUUGUGAUAUAUCCCAGGGUUCUUUUCGAGCUGCUGUAAAUUACAGGCUUUGUGUUAAUAAUAAUAAGUGAUUAAGUUAUGAAGCA